AUGACAGAGCUCAGGAGCCGUCUUGCAGCAACACACACGGCACCCGAUAAACGGGCUGCCUCGGCAGCUCCCCCGCGCAGCCAACAGGCCCCUCCAGCGCCUUCCCCCAAGCCGGUGUCUCAGCUAGCGGUCGUUCCAGAUCGCCAGCUACAGGAGGCCGCAGUCUUCCAGGGAUUGCAGCUGCAGCUUGGCGAGCCUGGAAAUCCGCUGCAGAGCAUGGCCGUACUGACGCAUUCCAAUGUACGGCAGCUAGAGGAGUACGGCAAAGACCCGUUGUCUUCUGACCGGCGUUUCCUGGCGAGUCUUCAGAAAAUGGCGCCGGCGCCGCAGCAGAGGGCGGCAGCCAUCAUGCAAAUGGCGGCAGGUGCGGUGCCGCCCCCAGCUAUCUUAGUGUGGACUGCUCAGGAGUUGGUGGUGCAGGCACGGAGGCUGCUGAUGGAGAGGCUACCGAAGCGCUCGGAACCGCAGGAAAAGCAGCAGCAGCAGCAGCAGCAGGAUCCACAGCAGCAACAGGGGAAGGACGGGAACAUGGGGAGCAUUGCGAUGCUGGUUUCGGAGCCGUGGUACGACGGUGUACUGCAGCUGGCCCGAAUCACGGUGGGCAGCAGCAGCAGCAGCAGCAGCACCUCACCGCCGAGCACAGUCGCCAGGACGGAGUUGGAGCUCCUACAAGCCUUCGCCUUUGGUCGGGCGGCAGAGGGAGCGGCGGCGGCGGCGGCGGCAGUGCCGUACGUCGUCUCCUGGGAGGCCCUUUUGGCCCUGCCGCAGCUGCAGCCGCUGCUGCGGUUUGCCGCAUCUCGGAGUUUGGAGCUGGCAACUGUGCUGGAGCUUGGGGGUCUGUGGCCAGCCACUGCCGGCGGCGGGGCGCUGCCGGCGGCGGCAGCGGCGGCGUUGGACGCGGCGCCGACGGGCAGCAACGGCGGCGGAAAGGGGAAGCAACGGCAGAAAGGGCAAGUGCCGCCGGUGACGGCCCCGUCAGGGGGGAGCUUGUUACUGCCGGCGCUGAGGGCGGCGGUGGACGCCGCGCGCGCAAAGGCGCUGCAGGUGACGGGGUUGGCGGCGGGAUCGUUGGUGGAGGCGCCGCUGGACGCGGACGCCGUACUGACGGCACUAGCGCUGGGCACUGGGCGCGAUUCUUCGGCUGGGCCAGAGCAGCGUGCGGCAGCGGCGGACUGGCUGGCGGCAGCGACGCUGCUGCGCCAUGGGGAGGAGCGACUGGGUUGUGCUGGCGGCGCGUCCGGUGUACGGCAAGAUGUGGUGGCGGCGCUGCACCUGCUUGGCUUGCCGCUGGAGCCCGUGGAGCUGUCGUACAUGGACGAGCUGAAGGUUUCGGAGCAGGAGCUGCAAGAAUGGCUCUCACAGCUUUCCAAACAGCUGGCGGCCGGCGGCAUCCGUACCGACGACACGUCAGCAGUCCCCGUACCUGCGAGCUUGGCAACCCGGCUUGACUCGGCCCGACAGCGGCUGGCGUCGGCGGGUCGGGCGUUGGUGCUGGCGGCAACCGCUCCGAAACCGUCAGUUAGAACCGGGGAUCCGCAGCCGAAAGAGAAGGCGACGCAGUCGUGGCUGCGCGCCGUCGGGGCGCCGUUGGUUUCGGGGUUGCUGUCAGGAGGGUACGGCAGUCUUGCACGGCUGCGAGGCAUGGCUCCGGAGCUGCGUGAGGCGCUGGUGCUGGGGCUGCUGGAGACGGGGCGCAUGCAAGGCGGUACGGCAGCGCUGACGGCGGCGUUGUACGGCGAUGCCGACGCGGCGUGGCGAGCGACGCGUGCGGAUGAGGCGAGUGCGGCGACGGCGGCAACCUUGCUGCAAGAGGAGGCGGUAGCGGCAGAGCUGGACUUCGUGCAUGACAGGCAUGUGGCAACGCCGCCGGCACCGUCGGCGCCACGGCAGCUGCCGUCCGACGCAUCUCUGGCAGCGGCGGUGCAAGCGCUGCCGCCGCACACGCGGCUAUUGUACGACAGCUAUUACGUUCUUCGUACUGACGGCGGCGACGAUGCGGCUGUGCUGCAGGAGCGGCGGCGUGUGGCGGAGGCGCUCUCAUCUGCCGGAGAGGGCGCUGUGUUGCAAGGUGUUGGGAACCUGCAGGCCUGGUUGGCGGAGGCACGCAAGGGCCUGUUGGUGCUUCCGGCCCCGCUGCUGGCGCUGUUGCUGCGGUUCUUGCGAGUGCAAGUAUCUGUCACCCCCGAGGCAGCCCAGUCGCAGCGGAACAAGCUAACCGCACUGGCAAUACUGGUAGCUGAGCAGCAACGAAGGGCAGUGGCGGCAGCAGCCAGUCAAGAUAGAGGCGACGACGGGGCCUCUGCCGCAGCGGCGGCGGCGGCGGUACGGGAGCUGGCGGAAUGGUCUCGGAGCGGCGGCGGCGGCGGUAAUGCGGCGGCGGACGCCAGGGCUGGCCGCGUGCCGGUGGCGCUGACGGCGCUCCUGGGGUCCUCUGGUGCUGUAGACUUCACUUGCUGGCUGCAGACGCUGGCUGUGGGCUCCACCCAUGACUCCACACACCGAAUGCUGUCCAUGCAGCACCUGGGUAUGGACGUCGAGAGGUACCUCACGAUGACCCACGAACCACGUCUGCACCUGCCCAUCAGCGGGCUACCCCCCAGCCCUCUCUCCUCGUCCUCCGCCUCCUCCUCUCCUUCCAUCUCCACCUCCACCUCCACCUCCACCUCCACCUCUCCUUCCUCCUGUCGUCCCACGACUGCUAGCUGGACACAUCCCUCGUUGCGGCCCCCCGAGGCUGGUGGUGAGGGUGAGGAGACCUUCCUGGAGGCCAUGCGACCACAGCUGGAUGCCUACCUGGAGGCGCUGGGUCACCGGCCGCUGGGUGAUGCUGAGUGGCGUCUGUACCGCGCGGCUGCACUGGAGGAGUGGGAGGCGGGUCGGUGGGAGAGGGAGGAGCAGCUCCGGGCGGCGGGUCACAGCGGCUUCUUCAACCCACGGGGUUCUCGAAUUAAAUACGACCUCUUUCUCCGCCCCUUCCCUGCUGAUGAGAUGUAUCUGCAGCAGAUGCUCGAGGAAUCCAUCCCCCUAGAUGACCCUCUGGGCCCACAGUCGCGGCGCUAUUUAGACACCCUGCUCCGAAACCCGUCAUGGAGCUUUGCACAACGGCGACAAGCCGUACAGCGCCUGAUUCAGCUCAACGCGCACUUUGCUCGCCAGCCUUCCGCUCCGGAGGGCGGUUCCCCCUUCGCGCCGCUGUUCGCGGUGGUGGCUCCCGUAACAAUGUAUGUGGAGAGAGGCAGUAUGUCGCUAUUCCACCUCCUGCUUGGGCCUAAACACCACCCGUCAACGAUGGCCCUACGUUGCAUGUUCAUUACCUACCCGGUCUUUGAUGUGACCUUCUUCAGCUCCCUGCUGUUCGUGUGGGAUGUUAACAUUGCGGUAGAGGUGGCUUACUGCGUUUUAGCAGCGCUGGUGCACAUGGUCGUAUGUUUCUGGCACCGCGAUGUGGCUCCCGGAGGCAGGGCAAGCUUAGCCUGGCAGCUGCUGACGAGGGUGCUGGUGGCGAUGACCACGCUGUACCUCUCCAUGGCGUCACAGGCUGCCAGCAGCGCCACAGGCCGCCGCCACAGGCCGCAACAGCAGCAGCACCGGCCAGCACGGCGCACCGCCUCGGCUGCUGCCACGGCAUCGGCGGUGGCGAGCGCCAUGGCGGGCGGUAUCAGCGGUUCACAUUGGAGGCAUCACGGGGGGGAUGGUUCAGCAGCAAGCGAGAAGACAAGUGCUGGGCUUUCCAAGGGCUUCGAGGCGCAGGAGGAGCUGGGGGAGGAGGUGGGGGAGGACCAUUUGCUGCAAGGUGGCGGGGAUCUGGACAGUGGCGAUAUGUUGUCACCACCUAGGAAGUUGAAGGUAGAGGCAGUGGCGGCAGUGGCAGCGGCAGCAGGAGUGGUGGAAUCAAGCCCGAAGGCAGCGAUUGGGGCGGUGGAAGGCAAUGUGGAUGCAAAAGCCGAUUCCGACGCCACGGCCGUCGCAGGCGGGUUGAUGUCCCACGGGCCUGCGGAGCCCGAAGGACGGGAGGAUUGCUCGGGCAUGCGCCGUCAUGCUCGGGCAUGCGCCGCGACGGAGACCCAGACACUAGAGGCUGAAGCCGCCGCCGCCGCCGCCGCCACAGCAGCAACAGCAACAGCAGCGACAACAGCGGCGGCCGCAGCGACAGCAAACGCUAAUGCAUCGCGGUGUUCUCCCACAUCCACUGCGUCGUUGUGUAUUCCCACUGACAGCAUUCAAGCUUUUAAGGAUUCACUGCCCGCGCCGGCAAGCCGGUUUCAACCAUCCGUGGCGGCGCACAAGUACAAGUCCCCUGUACGGCGUACUGUUCUGCGCGUCAAGAUACCCUGGGCCGAGCCUGACCAGCUCGCACCGGGCUUCGAGCAGCGCCUCGCGGAUCUGGUCUCCCAUCACGGACUGAGCCUGGCAGGCACCUACGUCCGGUCAGGGUGCAUCGAGCUGGUGCUGGUACUAGAGGACCUGCCGCCAGAGCAGCCGUCGGCGCCGCAACCACCGUCACCGUCGCAGUCAAAGCCGCAGUCAGAGCAGCCCCGGGGGACAGACGCCGCCGCCGCCGCCACCAGAGCGGCGUAUCCGCUGAACAUUGCGGCCGUGCUCCGCGCACUGGGCCUUGACCACCAGCUGCAGCAGAGAAACCCUGACCUAUUUCAGGUUCGUCGAGAUCCCCAGCAUCAGCCACAUGACCCGCUGCAGCAGGAUGGUGCUGUGGAGCAAUGUGGGGACAGUGACAUGGGAGGAGUUAUUGCGGCCUUCCACCGCCUGCCUCCGCCAUUGCCUCAAUCAGCGAGUGCAGGACUCAACGAGCCUGUGCGGAGGGCGGCGGCGGCGGCGGCGGCGGCGGAGGAGGAGGAGGAGGAGGAGGAGCUGUCGUCAUGCGUCAAAGGUGUCGACGACGGCGGUAGCGACCGCAGCAAUGGCGUGGGUCAUCGUGGUGGCGGUGAUGGGGCCAAGGCGGUGAUGGGGAGCGGCCCUCAGUGGUUCGGAGGGGCACCCGUCAUCACCGACAUCCUGCCGCGGGUGAUCACCACCGCGAGGGCGACGACGACGGCGACGCUGCUCCGGCAGCAGCAGCAGCCGGAGGGCGCAGGCCGCGAGACGCAACCGCAGCUGUCUCCACCGGCUGUUGUUGGCCGUUGUUCCCACGUUGUGCGGGCCGCUGGGUGGCGUACGGCGGCCUGCCCUAGCUCUUUAUGGGGCCCACCGCAGCCUUGCUUCGUCCGGGUUGAUCUGGACUGCUGGUAA